UACGUACCGUACCUCCGGGAGGGAUCGCGUGCCUGUCUGCGAGGACAACAAACACAACUAGGACGAGGCACAUGUGGACGUGUGAGAUAUGAGCAGAAAACAGUUUCUUUGAAAGGAAUCCCUUAUGAUAUACGAAUCUCCAUGAUGACUCCUGUUUGAAAUGUUUCAAUUUGCGGCAUUGGGUUGCACGGAAUGAGUCGGAACUAAAUUUUCCACAUGCAGAGAAGAACAAGAGAAAUAUGUUGAUCCUCAAGAUUCUGGAAACUCUAUGAGAAUCAGAUUGUGUUCCUCGUGUUUACUACUGUCAAAAACGACCAUGGCAGUCAAGAGAGUCAGCAUUGUCUUAGCAAUUGUGUUUGUGACAUCAGCGGGCGCACUGAGCAGUCAUCUCAGAACCAGGGAGAAACGGGGCCUGAGCAGACCGCCCGUUCUUUCCUACUGGGGCAACUGGGGUUCAUGGUCGGCCUGCUCAAGGACGUGUGGGGGAGGGGUGGCCGCACAGAGCAGGGUCUGUUUGAUGAGGAGCAGAGGCGAAGGGGGGAAGUUAAGAGAAAGCACACACUGUGUGGGCCUUUACAAGCAAUAUAAACUGUGCAAUUCGGAGCCAUGUCCAGAAGACAAAGACUUCAGGCAGGAACAAUGUGAAAGGUACAACGACGUUCCAUUUAUGGGAAAGCUUUAUCAGUGGAAGACAAUUGAAAAAGAACCUAAUUUAUGUGAGCUCAACUGCAAAGCCAUUGGGUCCCGUUUUUUCGCCAAACUGGCUGAUAAAGUAGUGGAUGGCACUUUAUGCAGAAAUUCAUCUAGAAAAGAAAUCUGUGUGGAUGGCAUGUGCAAGGAAAUAGGUUGUGAUGGCAUCCUGGGCUCUGGCCUCAAGUUGGACAAGUGCGGCGUGUGUGGAGGCACCAACACCCAGUGUGAGGUGAUGUCCGGUGUCUUCACCACCAAUAACAUGGGGCACGGCUACCACAAGAUCACCACCAUACCAACGGGAGCCAUGUACAUCAAUGUCACUGAGCUCACCAAGAGCAGGAAUUACUUGGCUCUUGAAGGUGUGAAUGGAAACAAAUACAUCAAUAUGGACUGGAAGAUUGACCCUCCGGGCAACUACUCUGUCGCUGGCACAUUUUUCAUUUACAAAAGAAUGCCUGGCAGAACAGGAGUCGGUGAGCAGUUACUUGCUGAUGGACCUACUACAGAGGACCUGAAUUUAAUUCUGAUCAGCCAGCAAAAAAAUCCCGGAAUUUCUUAUGAGUACUCUGUACCAAGAAAGAUGCCUGGCCAUGGGGUGGCAUCCCCUAUGUCCAGUUUGCCCCAGCCCAAGCCAGUUGUACCACAGAGGGGACAGGUUAUCAUCCGGCAGGAUACUCCACAAUCCAGGUCUCAGGUCAGUGGUGGUGUGUCAUUGAGUACUUUCUUGAGUGCUGGCCAACCAGCCCCAGUCUUUCCGUCAACAGGCUCCAAAGAAAACCAUGCACAGAGUCCUGUGGAACCAUCAGCACAACCAGACGAAGGAACAAGCUUCAGUCCGCAGGGCCCAGAGACUGAUCCCAGUGGCCAACUACAGAGUGAUGGCCAUCGGGGGUCAGAUCGGGAUGCCGAAACCCAUCAACUGGGCAGUGACCACUCUGGCAACAAACAUCUGGGGAAAGGUCGUGGGCACCAUCGAGGUGCUGGCCAGCACGGGAAUCAUGAUGCAGACAGAGGCCAAGAUGACAGUGGUCCGAGCCGGAGUGAAGUUGGCAGCCGUCCCCGAGACGACCAGCCAGAGGAACCACAAGCAGACAGCGGCUUUGCAACAUAUCCUGCUGAGCCUUUCAGCGGCGUUGGGACGCAGGCCAGGGAGCUGCCAGACUCAGUGUACCAGCAAGCAGUGUCUGCCAGAGAGCAGGGAGGAACUGGAAACCCCAGGCAGGGCCAACAAUACCAGGCCCACAGGGAUAGAGCCAAUCCAGGAAGUGGCUCACACCUCGGCAGUAGUGGCCGCCGGCAGCAUAUCCAGCCCAACCCUCAACCAGUCAAUCCAUAUCCAGGCAGAUACCAAACUUUCCCUAAUCCAAAUCCUUAUUACCCAAAUGGAAAUCCAAAUCCUUACCCAAAUUCUAAUCACGAUCCCAAUCCAUACCCAAAUCGUAACCCAUAUCCCAACCAAAACCCCAACCGGUACCCAAACCCCAACCCUUAUCCUAAUGGCAAUCCGCAAAGACCCUAUUCCAAUGCCAAACCCAGUAUGAAUCCUUAUCAGAGCCAAGGUGCUAAUCCUAACCCCUACCCCAAUCCCAACCCUAAGCCAAACCCUGGUAACCCCUACCCGAACCCUUACCCAAACCGCUAUCCUAAUGGUCAGGACCCAGCAUCGGGCAGGUCUCCAUCCAACCCACAGCAGCCCCAGAGGCCCUACCUGGAAAUUGACCCCAUUGAGUCCCAUCGUGGGAGCAGCGAGGGAUCAAGCACUUUCGGCUCCAGUGAUUUUUCAGCCCUGGAAGGCAGCCAGUAUGGUAGCAGGGAUUCACAGGCCAGAUACGGCUGGAUUGAUGCAGGACUGACUGAGUGCUCUGCAAGCUGUGCUGGAGGCAUUCAACACACCAAAGUCAACUGCAUUGAAUGGCGAACAUUCCGACCUCAGGAUCCCAGUUUAUGUGAGGGAAUGAGGAAGCCCAACGUACGUCAGCAAGCGUGCAACAUUGAACCAUGCCCACCAGUAUGGGAGGUGACCGAGUGGAUGGAGUGCAGCCGGACCUGUGGCAUGGGACGCCAGAUGAGACAGGUGAUGUGCAAGCAGACAGUGACCCAAACCCUGAUCACCAUGGUGCCUGGGGAGCGCUGUGACCCCAGGCUGGAGCCCGAGAGGGUACAAGAGUGCCACAUGGACCCCUGCACAGCCUGGUCAGCUGGCGAGUGGGGAGAAUGCAAUGUGCCCUGCGGGGAGGGCAGACGGCAGAGAGAGGUGCGCUGCGUGGACGAGGCCAGGGAGGAGCUGGAUGAGUCUGCCUGUACGGAUAAGCAGCUGAGCAAGCCCCGGACAGAGGAGACCUGUGACAGGGGGCCCUGCGUCAGUAAUUGGUUCGUGUCGGAGUGGAAUGACCUGUGUUCUGCUGAAUGUGGGGGAGGGCACAAGAGUCGCUAUGUUGUCUGUACCACUGAGGGAAACAGCCAGGUGCUGUCAGAUGAAGCUUGCAAUACCAUCACCAAGCCUAGGACAACCAGGACAUGCAAUAGCAUGCCCUGCGGUGCUGUCUGGUUGACCUCAGAGUGGUCUCAGUGUUCUAGGGAAUGUGGCGAGGGUAUUCAGGAACGCGUGGUGCUGUGUGCUGGGGCUGAUGAGCCUCACAUCAUCAUCAAUGAGGAGCAGUGUGCCAUGAAGCCCAAACCCACUAACAGACAGAGCUGCUACCUCAAGGAUUGCACGGCCAUGUGGUUCAACUCCGACUGGACUCAGUGCUCUCGAACAUGUGGUGGUGGCCACAGAAAACGAGACGUCAAGUGUCUGGAUUCCAUCAUGAGGUCUAGCACACAAUGCAGCGAGGAGAACAGACCGUCUUCAACGCAGUCCUGCAACAUCCAGCAGUGCACCACUGCCACACCAUCGAUCGACUGCCAGGACAGGUUUCAGUACUGUGAAAAGGUUGCCAAGGCCCGACUCUGCACCUACAUGUACUACAGAAACAACUGCUGUUUCUCCUGUUUCAAUCAUCAGAGAUGAUAACAACCGUCAGUACCAAGAUUUUUACAGCCUUAAAAUAAUUCAUUUUUCCAUCUGGAUGCAGGUGAUUUUUUUUUCAGGGAACGUUAAUCCAACGUGCCUCCAUAAUACAGGUUAAUGGAGAAAGACGGCACAAGUUGAAUGUCUGCUUCCAGAGUUUUAGAAAUAUUAGCAUGCAUUUUGUAAGCUACUUCAUGCAGUGAUUUAUGCAGAAAAUUGACAAGAAAUCAAACACUUUAAUAUACUCUUGUACUAAACCAUUAUUUCCCCUUACUUUUUGGUCAGUUACCUCCGUGCAUAUAUUAACAGCGCUCAUCAUGCUGUUUACAAAUUAAAUGUAUUCUUGAUUGUACGUUUCAAUAGUUUAGCUGUAAAGAAAUUGCCCUUUAGAGUGGUGUUGAAAGCCAUUUAAACUGUGGACGCUUAAUAUACUAUACUGCCUCAAACUGUCUGACCUAUUGUUUGCAGGGCCUCCAGAAAUCACCAGAGAUUCUUGGAUGGAGCAUUCAGUAGUAUACUGGGUGGUGUUGGGCAGUAUAGAGACAAUAGAGAAUAAGCUGCUGAAAAACAAAAGAAGAAAACUAGUGAUAUUUGAAUGCGUAAUCUGCAUGAGUUUUGCACCACCAGGGCAACUAUAGAGUUUAGGAAGCCUGCGCAGAUACUUAGAGAUCGAAAUGGGGUAUGUUGCAUGUUUUUUACCGAAACAGAGCAAGUUGCUUGUCAGUGAAGAAGCGACAACUGUCAUUGAAUAGGUUAUGUAGGUCAUUUGAGUUUAUUUUGAUGGAAGGUGGUUCAUUGGUAGACAGAGGCACAACAGGAAGGGCAAAGGUUAAGACUGUCAGACAAGAUAUGUAGCUAUUUAUUGACAGUGACGUGCUUGCUUUGUAUGUUAAUGUUUGCUAACAACUUACCAUAGUGGGAAUAUAUAUUUCUAGUACAGUAUCUGAAAUGGUUUUUUUUGUGAGGACCUCAGACAGUGACAGUUGCACCAACAGCAACAUUGCCUCAACAGAAAUCACAAAUAAUAAAUGUAUACAACAACAUCUGUUACGCCUUUAAGGAGGAAUGUGUUUCGAUAUCUGGUAUAUUUUAUAAGGUGGAAAAAAAAGUUGAUGCUGGUGCAACUCUGGCAGCACUGCUGAAAGAAUGACCUUAGUACACCUCUCAUUAAAAAACACUGGAGUCAUGAGAAACCACAUUUAAUUUACUAACAAAAAAUGCAUAAAUCAUGAAAAGUAAUUACAGUUUUGAAACUACUGGACUACUACAAGCAAUGAAAAAAAGCCUAUUUAUUUGACAGGAAGAGUCCACACAAUAUUAUGCUUUACUCGCGUUUCUGCAUAUUAAACUUGUACAUACAUGUAUUGUAUUACUUGAUGACAAUAUUAAUCAUGUCUUUUGAGCAAGUCUAACAAAAGAACAGAUGAUUUUGUUGACUGUUGAGCAAUGUGACAGCUUUCUCCUAAAUGAAGUGGUAUUUUUAUAAUUGGCUUGACAUGAUUCCCCCAGAAGAAGUGGUUGCUAUGUUUAUUCCUUGAAGUAUAUGUGACCCAUGUAUACAUGAAGUAUAAUAUGGGUUGGCUAUUUUUAUACAUGUGAUAAUUACUGUCCGCAGAUGAAUUGUAAAUGUAUAUUUCUUGUCCCUUGUUGCCGCACCAGUUUUAAUUUGUUGUGACAGUUCAAAUCUUUAAUGCUGUAAUAAUAUUCAUAUUCAUCCACUGAAAAUAAAUAUUUAUAGCAUAUUUUUAAAGA